AUGACAGAAAAAAUGUCUACACUAGAUCAGUUACGUAGGACGGGUACAACAAUUGUCUGUGACACAGGACAUUUCGAAUCCAUUAAUAAGUACAACCCUCAGUCAUGUACCACAAACCCCGCACUUAUUCUUGCUGCUGCUCAGGAUGAUAAAUAUAAAGAAUAUGUGAAAAAUGCAGUAGAAUCUGGGAAGCAAAUAGGUGUAACUGAUGAGGAAAAAAUUGAAAUUGCAAUUGAUACCUUUUUUGUUGAAAUUGGAUGUAAAAUAUUGGAAGUUGUGCCAGGGAGGGUUUCCACCGAAGUUGAUGCUAGAUUAUCCUUUAAUAAAGAAGAAACCGUUAGAAGAGCAAUUUGUAUUAUUGGAUUAUAUGAGCAAAGGGGUUUUUCUAAAGACCGUAUCCUAAUCAAAAUUGCAUCUACGUGGGAGGGAAUUCAGGCAGCAAAAGAACUAGAAGAAGUAUAUAAGAUUCACUGUAAUCUAACUUUACUAUUUUCAUUUACACAAGCUGUUGCCUGUGCAGAGGCUAACGUUACAUUAAUUUCACCAUUUGUUGGAAGAAUAAUGGAUUUCUUUAAAGACAAAACUGGCACGACAUAUACCCAUGAUGAUGAUCCAGGUAUCUUGGCGGUCAAAAAAAUAUUUUAUUAUUACAAGAGACACUGUUAUAAUACUAUCAUUAUGGGAACCUGUUUUAGAAACAAUGAUGAGUUACUAGCAUUGGCGGGAAUUGAUAGUGUGACUCUUCCCUUAGAUAAGUUGGAGGAGCUUUAUACAUCUCAUGAAAGUGUUCAAAAUGUGUUAACUGCUGAAUCUAGUAAAGAAGAAGGUCACGAAUGGGUAAGUUACAUCUCGAAUGAACCAAAAUUCAGGUUCGACAUGAACGAAGAUACAAUGGCAACAGAAAAGCUUUCUGAUGGGAUUAGGAAAUUUUCAGCCGAUAAUUGUUCGUUAGAAAAUAUUUUCAGAAACCUAAUUGUAGAUUAG